AUGGAAUCAAGAGAUGCCCCUGUGGCAUCCGAGUCUGCUGCUGAGGGUGGAGCUUCUGGAUCUGGCCAGAACGAUAACGCAGAUACGAGGGUGCUACCGAGCCCCUCCAGUGUCUAUGACAUGGAGACAAAGGAAUUGUUGUUGCUUAGCCAGGAGCUCCAAAGCAGCCCGCUGACCAGGGGGCCACUUCAGGAGCAACGAAGACUGCUGCUGAAUCUCGCGCUGCUGGAACUUCGAGAUAGAAGGCACUCUGAUUCUAUACUCAAUGCAAUAGACAAGCUGACAGUCCCUCACGCUGAGGGGGCUGCAAAGGCCCCUUUCGGUGCACACGUACCUCAAACCCCGCAUACGGUCGGUUCUAACAUGCUCGGCGACACAACUAGCGGCGACAACAAGACAAUAACUUCUAAGGGGCUUUCUGUGGCUGCUGCUGCUCCUGCUGCUGCAUCUUGGGAUUCUGCUGGGCGUCCGUCAAACUCGCCUUCGACCAGCGCUGCAGCUCUUGUUGGCCCUCCUGAUGCUCCCCAACUGAGCUCUGGACAGCAGCUUUUGCGGCCGUUGCCAGGCGAACGCCAGAAGCAGCAGCAGCAGCUAAGGCAACAAGGUUUAUGCAGGAGCUGUGCUGGUGAGAGGAAGCGCAAAAACAGUUUCUGUCCAUCUCUGUCGCCGAAAAGCAGCAGAAGCAGAACUACUGCCACUGCCAGGUGCCAGGGAGGCAGCGGAGUUACCGGCUUCUUUGCACCCCCAGCGUGUGCUCCUCCUCCUCCGGGUCUCACAUUUCUAGAGAAAAAACAAGUCCUUAGGAUUAUUGAUGUGUGGUUGCUGGUGGUGUGUACAGCCACUACCUUCGAAGAUACGCCAAGGCGAAUGGAACCCUCCGCAUGGGGCUCUUCACAGGAAGCCUCACCGAAUAGCGCUUCUCCUGUCUCUCUCCCUGUACCACCACCUCUUAUUAAGAGGCCUCCUAAUAAUGGAUGCAACAGAAUUGCCCUCAGCAGCAGGAAGGGCGUGAUCCCCACUGCAGCAGCUGACACUGCCAGCAUGAAGAGGAUGGCUCCUCGAAGAGUCCAUCCCUUUCUCGCCAGAGGCACUUCGCACGACAAACAGCCUCCACCUCCAAAAAAGGCCAGUAGCAAAACCCACAGCGACGGCGGUGAGGCGCCGAGGAGGCCUUCCAGAUUGCCAUCCGUUAGGCAGCAGCAGCAACAACUUCAGCGCCAACAACCAGACUCGCAAACAUUUCCAAGACACAACUUGCCGACCACAUCGCUUCAGCCGCAGGAAUAUCCGCAGCACCAACAUCACGAUCGACAGCGUGACCAGCGCAGUUGUGCGAGCAAAUCCCCCCCACACCAGCCAUGCCUCCAAUCCAAUCGUAGCCCGUCCAUCUCUGGCGCGUCUACUGCAGCAAAAACGAUAAACUAUUCCCAGGAAAUCGGAGCGGCAGCAAUCGCAGAGCCAGCAGAAGGUUCUGUGGCAACGACAGGAAUUGCAGCACCGCGGUAUAGACCCAAAAGUAGCAGGUCUUCUCACGCGUCGAUUCGCUCAUGUGCGAAGUUGCUAAUCAGCAGUGUGGAAGAAGCGGUGAGGGGUUUGGACUUUGAGCUUCCGGUGCUUGCUGGUGCCUCGCAAGCGGAAAAUACCGCAACUGCGCAGGCUGUUGUGGCUCCCUUUGCCACCCACGUUGCCAUAGCUGCUGCAACACGGAAGCCCAGUUUCAGAGGGGCAGGAAUUGCUAGGCCUGAUGCCACAGGCGACAGAGCUCCCCUGCGGCAGUGCCCUCCAGGAAAAAGCCGUAUGCUGGAAAAACGGAAUUCGUCAGUCUUGCGAAAAAACGCGCAGACAGUAGCAGAAGGCGCGGGGGAUGAAGCAUCACCUGCUGUUGUUGCAGAGAGUAUGGGAGAGGGGGAAUCUCACUCCUUGGAAAGGGUGUAUGAGCUACUGGAGAGCCUCACCCCGCAGUCUCUCGCAACACUAAGCGGUGAAUUAGGGGACAAAGUGUCCACCCCUAGAGACAACGCGGCGUCCAGUAAAAGCGGUGCAGGACUGAUGCGGCAAAUGCAGCAUCAGCAACAAGCCCGCCAGGCACGCUUACAAGAGGGCUCAGGAGAACCGCCCGAAGAAGACUCGUGCAUAUCAAUAUCUAAGCCAUUCGAGGAUCCCUUGCUGCCUUCGAAUAUCCCAAAUUCGGAAGCUUCCGCUCCGGUAGGACCCUCUGGAAGGGGUCUUAGUGAGAAAUGCACAUUUACACAACCCUCUGGAGAGCCGGGCACAGCAGAAACCAUGUCAGCAGUUGCUCCUGCUCCUUCGCCUGGUGUAGGUUCUGCAACAGUUCCUCGGCAGGGGAACUGCAGAUCCCGCAAAGAUGCCCUUAAACGGCACAAGUGGAAACGCCCAUCAACAGCGAACGAGCCACGCCGCGGGCUGCCACAUUCCCUCUGCCCCCCUGAACGAGGCUCACAAGCUACUUCACCGGCUUUGGCUUCCACCGUGGAAGGCUGUGCGUCAGCAGCAAUCAAAUCAUCAUUACCUUCGACAGGAAAGAGAGCUGUAAGUUCCCCCGCAGGCCGUGCGUCUGCGAGUACACCAACACCGGCAGUCGCCGAAGAAGACGCCGCUCCUCUAGAACCAGAAAUCGCGGAAACAGCAGCCGCAGAAAGAAAGACUGCAGAACCCGCAAAAGCAGCAGCAGAAGAGGAUAAAGUCGUGUCAGAAACUGCUGCACCUACUGCCCUUAGCCACGCCGGACCGCUUUUAGAAGUCAGCAGCGGCUCGCAACUAGAGGCAUGCGAAAUCGUUACUUCCGCUUACACGGACCACUCGGAAGCAAGAAAAAACGUUUGUGUGCAGCAGACCAUGGGGUGUUCAUUCGGAAAGGAGCCACUCGAAGAUCUCUACCGCUGGUCUUCAAUAACGCUACCCCGCACUGGAAGGCCUCGAAAGGGCCCCCUUGAAACGAGUAAAUCUUUGAGCAGCACAAGCAACAGAAGCUGCAGCAGCAGCGCAGAAAGUGUCGCUGACAACGCAGAUGAUUUUACCAGGUGGUCCUCCACCCGUGGUGCUGCUGCCUCUCAGCGCACUUCGGAAUCCCUCCACAAGUUUGAAGGCGACCUUAGAACCUCUACACCUCUCAGCCGCUCCCUUCUAAUGCUUAAUGGAGGACAGCAAGAGCAAGAGCAAGCACACGAAAAGACGCCACAGGCAGUGCUACGUUCUGACGGCUCCGAUUUUACUGUGGUAGACUUCUCUAUCUCUUUCCCGUCACCUCUAUUCUUUGUCGGGAUGCACAUACACCCCAAAUCUUUCCAGCUGCUGCGCUCUUUGCUACUGGCGCUUAAAGUUGCGGAAAAAGAAGAGCGGGGUAGGGACGUCGUGCUUUGGCACAGAGGUAGCCGCUCCAUAGGCAUCCCCAGCAGCCAGAGCAGCAGCAACAAACGGACUUUUGGAGUCGUAGGCUGCAGUAAGGAGGAGGAAGCUAUCGUGAGCGAGGCCCUUCUCUCCACAGGCCUCUGGCGUCAAGUCUCCUCUCCUGCCACUCUUGCAACUGCGAACCUCAUAUGGAUGUCGCCGCGGGUGGCUGCAGCCUCUCUCCUCUCUGAGGGAAGCUCCCUAAGCAGCUGUGCCGAGUCGUCUGAAUCCCCUAAGAAAAGCACUAAUGCAGAGAGAUGCCGCCGUAGGACUAGCGAACGCAGCAGCCAAAGCAGCAGUGGGGCCGCUGAUUGUCCGUCAGAGCCACCCCAAGGAUCUCUUUCUGACCUCUCUUCGAGGAGCUUCCAGGGGCCCCCCUGGGGGCCCCCCGGCUCCCUUGGGUUCCGCCUACAACGCAUUAGCUGGAUGCCAAAUAUUGGUGACAUGGCUUCAGGUAAGCUAGCUGCAAGGGGCCUUCCUGGUGGGCUAUCAGAGGGCUCUCGUGGGGAUACUAGUGCUUUAGCGUCUCAUGCUUGUACAAGUGCGGCCGGUACAACAGCUGCUCAGACUGCCGCUGCUGCCGCUACUAAUGGUGACGCUACCAGUGCAACAGCCAGCACAGCUGCUGCUGCUGAGGAAGCAGCAGCAGCAGCACUGCCACCUAAAGACACCAUAGAAGGGCAGAGCCAGCUGUUUAGGGAGGGGCAUGCCCCUACGCAGCAGCAGCAGCGCUCUACAGUAGGCGGUGCUGCCGCGUGCACUCCCCCACAGAGCCUGUCCUUCUCGCAGCUUCGUGAUGCAUUGGCAGCUGAGGCGCAGGCCCUGCCGGAGGCUGAUGGGUGGGAGGCAUCCAGAGCCCGUUCUAGAAGUUGGGAGCAACUGUGGUCUGCAAGCUGCGAAUCUAUUCUGAAGAUUUUAUUCUGUCUCAAUUUGCAGCAGCAGCACCAGCAGCAGGGAUUUCUCUUGCUGCGUUUUUCUUUGCUGCCGGACGCGAAUGGAAAGGUAUGGGUGACGAAAGUUACGCCUUUCUGCCUACCUGGGGGCCCCCAAGGUUUUUCUCAAGAGGGCCCCCUUUUGGGGGGUCCGCCAGGGGAAGAAGACUUUAGAGGCCUCGUCGAGCUGGUACGGGAUGUGGUGCAGUUGGUCGAUCCCCCAGCCUUUGACAGACAAAAGCUCAUGAAGGUGAGCUGGGAUGUAAAAAGCAGGUACAACGCCAUCUCAAGCUAA